CCCGGCGGCCGACGAACGUCCUGAAAAUAAGGCUAACGCCAUCCGAACCCGGUCAGUCCGUCAGUCGUCCCCAGCCGGCCGAGUCAGCCUGAUCAACAGCCGACACUUCGUCAACUUAGCCGGAGAUUUUUCAACAUGCAGAGGGCGAUUUUCACGAGGAUCUCCGAGGCUGUCAAGCCUAUGGAUGCAGUCGACAGGACUGUCAUGACAAAACCGCUGCACCAUGUCGACAUCCCGACGAAGAACGCGACAUUCGCCAUGGCUUGUUUCUGGGCGCCGGACGCCCUCUUCGGCGCCACCCCUGGGGUGAUCAGGACCAAAGUCGGCUAUUCGGGCGGCACAAAAGAAAAUCCCUCCUACAGAAAUCUGGGGAAAACCGUCGUUUCCAGCGGUGAUCACACAGAAGCCAUACAGAUAGACUACGACCCUAAGAUGAUCCAGUACGAGACGCUACUCGAUAUUUUCUGGCAGAACCACGACCCGACUGCGAAAUCGAAACUCCAGUACACUUCGUUCAUAUUUUACCACGAUCAAGAGCAGAAGGAACUGGCCGAGAAAGCGCUCGAACAACAGCAGAAACUCUACUCAAAACCUGUCGUCACUGUAAUCCGGCCUGCGACGAAGUUCUACGACGCUGAAGACUACCACCAGAAAUACAGACUUCAGCAGCACCCGUGGCUCUGCGAGGCGAUCAGCUGCAAGGGCAGCCUGCUCAAGACGUCCUACGUUGCAGCAAGGCUCAACGGAUACGUAAUCGGUUGUGGUGGGGUAGCGCAGUUCGAGUCUGAGCUGCCCAUCCUCGGACUUGACGAAAAAACCGGAGAAUAUGUAAGGAAACUGGUCACCAAGUACGAAGGGCAGGGUCUCGUCUGUUGAAAUGACAGAAAAUUGAUCACAGUUGAUAACUUGUGAUAAUUAAACCUUUUGCCAGACGACUGUAUGUUCAAAUACAUUGGAAUUAUACACCUUUUUUUAUGCAAGACAUUUAAUUGUAUUUAAAUUUAAUUUUGAAAAUUA